CCUCAAAUAUGUGGAUGUUUUCUUGGCUUUGUGCCAUUUUAAUUAUUUUGGCUAUUGCUGGUAUGGACACAACAGCAAAGACCACACCAUAUACCAAAUUCACAAAGAAAUCUGAGGAAAAAGAGAUGCCAAAGGGUCCAAAGCCGUCCAGUGGCCAACCUCUGGAAGAAGAAGAAACCCCCUUCACAGAAGCGGCUGAAAUGGCACAACCAACCCCUGACCCCUCAUCUCUCAAUUCUGCCUUUGGUGCUGCCGCUUUCUUCCCCCGUGAAAACCUCACUCUUGACACAGCUGAUUUCUUUUUGAAUUGCUGUGAUUGUUGUUCAUCUGGACCAAGGCAAAAAGGAGAACCUGGAGAGAGUGGAAAGCCAGGUUUUAAGGGAGAGGCUGGUGAUAUGGGGAUCCCAGGGCCACCAGGAGUUGUUGGACCCCAAGGUCCAAAAGGCCAGAAAGGAGAAAAAGGACUUAAGGGAGAACGUGGGGACCAAGGAACAAGUGGAGUUCCAGGAUACCCCGGAAAGCCUGGAGAACCAGGGGAACUUGGUCCUAAGGGGGACAGAGGAAACACUGGCCUGGCAGGAGUGAAAGGACAAAAAGGCUCCAAGGGGGACACAUGUGCCAAUGGUACCAAAGGAGAGAAAGGAGAUAAAGGAGACCGAGGGGCUGUGGGCGCACCAGGCUUGAAAGGAGUGCCUGGGGUCAAGGGAGAGAAGGGUGAGAUGGGGGGUAAGGGCUACUGUGGAGAUUCUGGGGAGAGGGGGUGGAAAGGAGAAAAAGGUGAGGAGGGCAUGAAAGGAGAAAAAGGUAGCAAAGGAGAUAUUGGAACGGAAGGGAAAAGUGGCUCAGAUGGCCUGCCUGGGGCCCAAGGUAAACCAGGAGUUAAAGGAGAAAAGGGAGAGUUGGGUGCUUCUGGUGUCCCGGGACCUGUAGGGCCAAAGGGUGAGCUCGGGAGCAAAGGGGUCCGAGGGUCUAUUGGGAAGAAGGGCUCUCGGGGCCUAAAGGGCUCCAAGGGGGAGGUGGCCAGAGUCCCACGGUCGGCUUUCAGUGCUGCCUUAUCUAAGCCUUUCCCCCCUCCAAACGCCCCUAUCAAGUUUGACAAGGUUCUCUAUAACGACCAAGGGAAUUACAGCCCUGUCACCGGGAAAUUCAACUGUAGUAUUCCUGGGGCGUACGUUUUUUCCUACCACGUCACCGUGAGGGGCCGACCUUCUCAGAUCAGCCUGGUGUCCCGGAAUAAGAAGCAGUUCAAGUCCAGAGAAACACUCUAUGGCCAUGAAAUAGACCAGGCCUCUCUCCUCAUCAUCUUGAAAUUAAGAGCAGGGGACCAAGUCUGGCUGGAAGUUUCAAAAGAUUGGAAUGGGGUGUAUGUCAGUGCUGAGGAUGACAGCAUUUUUACUGGGUUCCUUUUGUACCCAGAGGAAAACCCUGGCAUUUCGCCAUAA